AUGUACGAGGGGCUCAUGAUCCUCGUCCUGAGUGUACUGGCCAGUCUCGGCGUUGUGUCGAAGACCAUGAUGAAGGAAGGCUCAUACAAAACGGCCUUGUACUUCCCGAAUUGGGACAUCUACGGCCGAAAUUACCAGCCAGCCGAUCUUCCUAUCGAUCGCCUCACCCACGUCCUCUACGCCUUUGCCAAUUUACGACCUGAGACUGGCGAAGUCUACUUGAGCGACACAUAUGCCGACCUAGAGAAACACUACUCCAACGACUCAUGGAACGAUGUCGGCAACAACGUGUAUGGCUGUGUGAAACAGCUGUAUCUGCUGAAGAAGCAGAAUCGACACAUGAAGGUCAUUCUGAGCAUCGGAGGCUGGUCGUAUAGUAGUAACUUUGUCGGCGCCGCCGCCACCAAUACGAACCGCCAGAACUUCGCAACCACUGCCGUCAGACUACUCAUGGACCUUGGCUUCGACGGUCUGGACAUUGACUGGGAAUACCCACAAGACAGCACCCAAGCCAACAACUGGGUCCUCCUCCUCAAAUCCACCCGCGAAGCCCUAAACGCCUAUGCCGCCACCCUCCCCAACAACCCGCACUUCCUCCUAACCGUCGCCUGCCCGGCCGGUCCCUCCAACUACAAAAAACUCAACAUCCCCGCCAUGGACCAAUACCUCGACUUCUGGAACCUAAUGGCCUACGACUUCUCCGGCUCCUUCUCGACCGUCGCAGCCCACAGCUCAAACCUCUACCCUUCACCUUCAAACACAAAUUCCACCCCUUUCUCCACCGACGCUGCCGUAAAACACUACCUCUCCCAAGGCGUCCAUCCCCGAAAACUCCUCCUCGGAAUGCCCUUAUACGGCCACGCCUUCGUCGGAACCGAAGGCCCUGGCCUCCCAUACACCGGUGCGGGAGAAGGUUCCUGGGAACCUGGAAUCUGGGACUACAAAUCCCUCCCUCCCACAACCUCUCAAGUCCACUACGACAGCAUCAUCGGCGCGAGUUGGAGCUACGACAAAAAUUCCCAAACUAUGGUUUCUUACGAUUCCCCGGAAAUGGCAGAGCAGAAAUUGCGGUAUAUUUUUGAAAGGAAUCUGGGCGGCGCGAUGUGGUGGGAGGCGAAUGGGGAUGGGAAUCGCAAUUCUACGGGGAACAGUUUGGUGGAGAUUGUGGUUGGUGGGUUUGGGAAGUUGGAUGGGAGUAAGAAUGUUUUGAAUUAUCCGAAUAGUCGGUAUGAGAAUCUGAGGAGGGGGAUGCCGGGGGAUGUGGUGUCGUAUUCGUGA